AUGAACGGAAGUUCCUCUUCUUCAUCAUCCUCAUCCUCAUCCCUUGACAUGUACUCUUUGCACGACGUCAUCCUCAAUUACAUCGAAACAUCCGCCUACUCCUCUACCGCCCGGAUCUUGUCCCGGACGAAACUCAGAUACGGGGAUGGAGAUUGUAAUGGCAACAAAGAAGAACAGAAUAGUGAUGGGAAUAUUGACAAUGAUGGCGAGGAUAGUAUGGACAUCGAUCGCGAUGAAGAUGACGAAUUGGAAGUUGGAUUAGAAGUACCGGAUAAGAAAGCUGGUAAAUCCCCUGUGAAGAGGAAAGGGGUGGAGUUUGAUGAGAGUGAUCUGGAAGGGAUUGAGAAGAGGCGAGCUAUCCUGGAUCACAUUCUCAAUGGGUCCAUCUCCAAGUCCGUCGACCUACUUAACACUCAUUUCCCAUCCGUUCUCAACGAGUCCCUUUCUCCAAUCACCAAUGGAAGUGGUAAUGCAUUUCAUUUCAGUCGAUAUACCAGUCUGAGCCCAAAUCCGGGUCCUUCAAAUCACUCUAUUCCAGUACUACCUCGGUCGACCGAUCCGGCACAUAUCAAAUUGAAUCUACAAAUUCAAGAAUUCAUCGAACAUUUUCGUCCCCUUAAUCCAUCCUCUCUUGGUGGUUCCUCACCUUCGUCAUCCGCCGGUUCACUCACCGGUUCGACGAGCAGCAUAAAUCUUACGAACGCUCUGAGUGCCGCGCAAGGUUUACAUACCGAGGCUAAACGUCUUUCACCAGAGAUACGUGCGAUAUUCCUCAAGGAGAUUAAUGAUGCGGGAGCACUAUUCGCUUAUUCCAAUCCUGAGAACAGCAUCUUGAGUGGGUUCUUAGAUCAGAAGAGAAGGAUAAGACUCAGUGAGAUGGUAAACGCAGCUAUACUUAAAUCUCAGAAUAAACCUACUCAAUCUGCUCUGGAAAAUUACGCAAGACGGACAACGUUACUGUACAAGUUGAUGAAUGAUCAUGGCAUCGAUCCGAGACCCAUAUCGACGACUGAUGAUUUGGGCUUGAGUAGUCACGGUACGGAUCAGAAAGGUAGAGAACAUUUGGAAGAGUACUUCAAACAGUCGAAUGGGAAACCUUUCAACCUACAUGAAUUUGUGAAUUCGACUUGGUAG